GUGGGAAGGGGGUGCAGCCAGGUAUAAAAUGGGGUGCAGUUCUGUUGCUCAUGGCUUUUCAGUCUUCCUCCCAUGGCAGGGUGGGGGGUCUGCCUUGGAUGCCGUGUGUGUGUGUGUGUGGCUGCUGCAGAGUUGCCCUCUCCCCCCUCCCCUUUUACGUAUAAGCUAUGAGGAAGGGAGGGGGGAAAGUUACUUAUUUAUUGCAUUUUUAUCUCACCUUUUCUCCAAGGAUCUCAAGGUGGGACACACAGUGCUCUUCAUUUAAUCCCCACAACAACCCUGUGGGGUAGGGUUAGGCUGAGAGGCAGGGACUGACCCAAGUUCACUCAGUGACAUAGCUGUCAAGUCUCCUGUUUUUCACGGGAAACCCCCGUAUUUUGUUACCGUUUUCCGCUAUUAUCCCGAAUUGAUUAAUAUCCCGUAAUUCCCCCGGAUUUAGAAAGCAGCUCCUGCCAGCCGCCAUGUCCCGGCUCCCGGCUGUCUGCCCAUGUCUGGGCACCGGAAAUCGGGCAGCGCCGGCACCGGAAGUCGCUUCUACACAUGUCUGGACGUGCGUAGAAGCGACUUCCAGUGCCGCGCUGCUGCUGCUGAUCCCUUAUUUUUCAAUCCGAGAGUUGACGGCUAUGCUCAGUGAGCUCAUGGCCGAGUGGGAGGACUUGAACCCGGGUCCCUCCUAGGCUCUAGCCUGACACUCUAACCCAGGCAUCCCCAAACUUCGGCCCUCCAGAUGUUUUGGACUACAAAUCCCAUCUUCCCCGACCACUGGUCCUGUUUGCUAGGGAUCAUGGGAGUUGUAGGCCAAAACAUCUGGAGGGCCGCAGUUUGGGGGUGCCUGCUCUAACCCCUAUACCACACCGGUUCAACUUUGCAUCCCCUUUGAGGAAAGGGGCAAACCCUCCCCUGUUUUUAUAGAAGACAUCUGAAGGCGGCACUGCACAGGGAAGUCUUAAAUGUUUGAGGUUUUUAUUGCGUUUUUAAUAUUUUGUUGGGAGCUGCCCAGAGUGGCUGGGGCAACCCAGUCAGAUGUAUGGCAUAUAAAGAACAAAAUGAUCAUUAUAAUUGUUACUCUUUUACUUCCAACUGGGAAAUGGGAUUGCCUCCAGCUGCCUCUUGACCUGCUAUUUUCUUCCUGAUAGAUAUUUCCACUUCCUUAAUUCUCCAUCGAGUGUGAAGCCCUUGUGCUUCUCCCUCCCAGUUGGGGGGGCGGCGGCCUGGAAGGGCCCCUUCAUGUUUGGCCCUUUUGGACGCUGCCCCUCUUCUCUCCCUCUGACUUCACAUUCCUGCAUGCUCUCCUCCGCAGAGGUUUCUUCCUCAUCCUCCAGUGAUUCCCAUUCAGUUUGUGGACAGUUCUUACCUGAAGCCCAUUCCCCAGAUGUUUACAGAACAGUUUGGGAAUCGCUUUUCUUCUUCAAAUUGAAACAUCUCCCCUCUGCCCCUGGCACUUUUACAGCACGCACGCACACACACACACACACUCCCCUCAAAUAAUCUAUUUAAAAAGGAGCAAAUGAAAAUGUUAGGACAGCAGAUAGAAAGUUAGCAGGGGGACGUGUAAUAAAAUCAAAACUGCCAGGCUAGAGGACUGUUGAGUAAAAUGGUCUAAUGGAUGACCAUUUAUUUGGUGUUAGCCGCCCUGAGCUAAAAGUUCAACAACAACAACAACAAUAAAUAAACGUCCCUGAGGAGAAGGUUUGGCAGUUUUCCUGGGGCAGGCAGUUCCACAGGUGCAGUGCUGAAAACGCCACCGUGCACAUUCUCGGCCAGAGCAUCCCGGGUGGGCAUGUGGUGGCAAAGGCGCCAGUCCCAUCUUGGUUGCAUUGCUGCAGAUUCCCUUGGUAGGAGUCUGGCAGCUUCAGCCAGCACAGAUUUCUGCCCCCCCCCCCCCGAUUUUGGCCUGAGCUGAGCUGCUCUGCCCCCAACCAUGCCAGAUUUGCAGGGAUGCUGGGAUGGCUCCAGUUGACAAGCUGUUCCCUGCUCCUUUGGGGGCUUUUCCAAGGGGGCUGAGGCUGCUUUUUAUGGCUGUUUUGCUGCUAAUGCUGUCUGGUCCCUUUCGUUCUCCCUGGUCUCUGUAAGUGCUUUUUCAUUGCUCCUUGUGGUGCUUUGCGGGUUGUUUGUUAGCCAUCCUGGGGAGAAGAGAGUUUGAAAUAGAAGCAAAUCAGAUCUGAGCAGACAGGAUCUUAUGUCCCCUGGUUCUGUGCGGCCAGCACUUGGAACUGAACCCAGAAACCGAUAUUAUUUCUGAUGGUAAGAGCCGUUCAGCUCCAGAACAGACUCCCUGGGAAGGUGGUGGACUCUCUUUCCUUGGAGGUUUUGAGCAGAGGCUGGAUGGCCACCUGUCAAGAGAUUCUUGCAUGGCAGGGGGUUGGACUAGAUGACCCUCAGGGUCCCAUCCAGCUCUACAAUUAAAUGAUUCUGUGAUAGAGACAAAGCUUUCUUCGUCUCCUUGAGAAGCCUUGAUCCAGAGAGGCAGCUUUUCCGUCUAUAAGUAGCAAUAGCGGCCGGGUGGUGUCUGGUCAAAUGUCAAAGUCCUGAGCUGGUUUUUUUGUGGUCAGGGGCUGCGUCUUGGAAGGGGGUGGGCUCUGCUAAGAACCUUGUUCCUCCCCCUGGCUUUAAUUUCCCCAAGUCUUUUCCGCCCUCUCCAUCCUGCCCUCCUUCUCAUACUCCAGUCCUUGUAAAGAAAUUGCACCAGGUGGCGCUGUGGUUAAAUCACUGAGCCUAGGGCUUGCUGAUCAGAAGGUCGGUGGUUCGAAUCCCUGUGACGGGGUGAGCUCCCGUUGCUUGGUCCCAGCUCCUGCCAACCUAGCAGUUCGAAAGCACGUCAAAAUGCAAGUAGAUAAAUAGGAACCGCUACAGCGGGAAGGUAAACGGUGUUUCCAUGUGCUGCUCUGGUUUGCCAGAAGCGGCUUUGUCAUGCUGGCCACAUGACCUGGAAGCUAUACGCCGGCUCCCUCGGCCAAUAAUGCGAGAUGAGCGCGCAACCCCAGAGUCGGUCACGACUGGACCUAAUGGUCAGGGGUCCCUUUACCUUUAUGUGAAAAACGGGCUAUUAAACUGUGGGAAUAUACGUGAGCGUACUGUUUGGCUUGCACAGUGUGAGACUUAUGGGCGGAAGGGGAGCACGUUCUCCUUGACCCCCCCCUUGAAUCUUGGGUGGGCUGCUUGCGGCUGGGGAGGGUGGCCUCCCUCUGCACUGCUUGAAGUUGCCAACCCGGCUUUCUCUCCCCUCUGCAGCCGUGAAGUGGUGGGAGACUCGGCCGAGAUGUCGCACGAGAAGAGCUUCCUGGUGUCUGGAGACCCCUUCCCUGGGCAGCAGCCGCCUGCCCCACCUGGCUAUGCCCAGCCGUCCUACCCAGUGGCUCCCUACCCGCAGCCGGUGGCAUACGGCCAGCCUGGAUACCCGCAGGGCCCCUACCCGGUUGCGGCACCCUACCCACAAGCGGCACCCUACCCGGUUGCGGCACCCUACCCACAAGCGGCACCCUAUCCCCAGGCGCCCUACCCACAAGGACCCUACCCACAGGGGCCCUACCCACAGGGGCCCUACGCCCAGCCGCAUCCGGGACUCGCCGUGGACCCAGACUCUGGAGCGAGACGCCCUGUUUAUGUGGUACGGAGAGGAGGCACCGCAGAAUCUAGGAUUGCACCCGGGCACAGCAACUACCAUGAGGAUGGGCCGCCCUCCUACUAUGACAACCCGGAUUUCCCCACCACCAACUGGGAGGACAAGACCAUCCGCCAGGCCUUCAUUCGCAAGGUGUUCCUGGUGCUGACCAUCCAGCUGUUUGUGACCUUUGCCUUCGUGGCCAUCUUCACCUUCGUGAAGGAAGUGAAGGGCUUCGUGCAGCAGAAGAAGAAUAUCUGGACCUUCUACGUCUCCUACGUCGUCUUCUUCAUGUCCCUCAUCAUCCUCAGCUGCUGUGGGGAGUUCCGGCGCAAGCACCCCUGGAACCUCGUGGCCAUGUCCAUCCUGACCCUCAGCCUCUCCUACAUGUUGGGCAUGAUUGCCAGCAGAUACAACUCGGACGCCGUCAUCAUGGCUGUGGGCAUCACGGCUGUCGUCUGCUUCACGGUCGUGAUCUUCUCCCUGCAGACCAAGUAUGACUUCACCUCAUGCCGAGGGGUGCUGAUCGUCGGCCUGGUGGUCCUGAUCCUCUUCGCCAUCCUUUGCAUGUUCAUCCGGGACCGCAUCCUGGAUAUUGUCUAUGCCUCCCUGGGAGCCCUCCUCUUCACCUGCUUCCUGGCCAUGGACACCCAGAUGAUAAUAGGGAACAAGCAGCUGGCCAUCAGCCCGGAGGAAUACAUCUUUGCGGCCCUCAACCUUUACACGGACAUAAUCAACAUUUUCCUCUACAUCCUGGCCAUCAUUGGGCGUGCCAAGGAUUAGGCCGCCCUCUGGCCCCUUCAGGGGCUAGUUCCUUCCAAGCCCUGUCUUUUGUUGUGGUUCUCCUCCUUUUGAUUCCCACCCCGUGGGGUCUCCUCCGCCCCGGUUUGGGUUUGGGUUUUGGUCGCCCGGUCCUUGAGUUUGAGUUCUUUGCCUCUCCCCCUCCCUGUCUUGUGCUUUUCUGGGGAAGGAUACCUGAAAAGAAGGGGGAGUCCAAGGUAGCCAACGGGCCCCCAGGGAAGCAGCACUCACCUCCAGCCUGGCGUAUGCUGGGGUCAGUUUUUGGAUAGGGAGGGCUCCUCCGCCCUGCGUCUCCCUUGGGCUGUGCAGAGUUUGGAAGAGGAUGUAAUUAUGCUGUGCUCGUCUCUUUUGUAUUUUGGUCUAGAAAUGCUAAUUUAAUUUUGAGGAAUGUCCUUGUCUUGAGCGUGCUACUCGCAGCCGCUUCUUCCCGUGGGUACAGGGCUGUUCUGGGGCUCUGGCCACAUGCAAACCGUCCCCUGCUUCUUGGCUGGCAGCGAGGUUCCCCCUGCCGCCUUCCACCCCACCCCUGAAUGAUACUGAUACGGGUGCCGCCUCCUGCCCUGCCCUGCCCUGCCCAGGCUGGCCUCCCCCGUUGCUGGGCUCUCCUGAUCCAGCCACUGUGGGGGCUGAGCGCCUGGAUGAUGCCCAUGUCCCGUUUUUACAAAUAUCGUCCAGAAAAGUAGGGGUGGCUUCUUCCCUCUGCUCAGCUGUCUUUUCUCAGGCUCCCCUUCGGGCGUGUGGGGAACAGCCUCCCUUGCUCCUGGCCCUCAAACACUUUGCUGUGAAGUCUCCUGACCCGUUUUGUCUGGGGACCCUGUACCCCAUCCUUCCUUCCUUCCUUCCUUCCUUCCCCCCUUCUCCCCCUCCCUGCCCCCCGCAAUUUGGCUGGCUUUAGGGGGCCCCUGCACUACUGCAUGCUGAGCAGCCACUACUGGGCCCCCAGGGCCAGCCUCUGCAAUAAACUGUAAAAAGAGGAUGUCCUAAUAAAAGUGAGAAUGUACCAGAUCUCAAUAGUCCUCCGUUCUGUCUUGGGGGCUGGAGGGGAAAGGUGGGGUGGGGUGGAAUGCUGCCUGGCCAACCAUCCCUGCAAGGAAGCUGCAAGGCAGGACACAAAGACCAGGAGCCUCUAGAGGACUAAAUCCUCUAGCAGAACCUCCGCUGUAUAUUGACGGGCUGCAAGGAGCACAGGAAUGCACACAUCCUGCAGCUGUUGGCAUGUUGGCAGGCUUAGGGAAGUCAGCUCAGAGUAACCUAACUUGCCCGAGAUGUAACGGGGCAUGUCCAGUUGAAUACAGCAAGCAAGUUUUGAAGCUGCAGCGCCGUAAAACAGCUGGGCUAUUGUAGUAACAAAGAGCUGGAACUCCCAGCGAGGAAGCAGUGGCAGUUCAAGUUCAGGCCCCUGCCAAGAGGGCUGCCUUUCUCAAGGGCUCUGUGUCCCGUCCCCCCGUCCCCCUGCAUUCCAGCAUGUUUUCCCCAUGUCAGCUUGGAAUGCUUGCCUUGCCCUCCGCCUGCCAAUUUUCUUGUAUGGUUUCUCACUGGCACCAUCUUUUUUUGCCAAAUGAGAAGAAGCUCCUCGAACACCAGCAAAAGAUUUCUUGGUAGCUGGACAUACAGACCUAUAGCUUUACUUCAGUUUUUAAGCCCUGGUCUAGUAUUGGCUGAAAAAUUAAACAGAUUUUUAAUAACAUAUAUAUUAAGGGCAAUUAGGCAGGAUUUAUGAAAAAUCACAGGUUAAACAUCAAAUAUCCAGAAACCUUUUUUAAAAAAAAUCUCUAAAGUUAGAAGCCAGGAAGCAUUUGAUAGAAUGGAACAGACAUACUUAUUUCAGGUACUGCAAAAUCUAGGACUAGUGUCAAAUUUUAUUACAUUUGAGGGGAGGAAAUGACCAUUUAAAGAUUAACACGGGUGCAGACAAUAUAGCAUUAGUAUUUUAAAAAUUCCAAGUGGUGGACACGAGUAAGGAACUCCAAGAUUGCAAAGAGUUAAUCAAACACUACCAUUCUGAAUGAAUGGAACAAAUAAUAAAAUAUCUGCCUAGAUUGAAAAAUCUGAAUUUCCUCUGAGCUGGAAGGCCAGUUAUAAAAAUGCACAAAAUGCCACAGAACUUCCUUUUAUUAUUAAAUAUUGCACUUAGACAGCAAUUUACAAUACGCCACUGAAACAGUUUUGAAAACCUUACAAAUACAAAACCAAAACAAAAAACUGCAAUCACAAAAAAAUUGGGUUGGUUAAUUAUGUGAAUAAUCAGAGAAUUAAUCCUCAUGACGUAAUUAAAAGCUAAAAUGGGAAAUAAUCAGAUUUCUUGUAUACCAACAGAAAAAUGGAAAAAUUCACUGCACAACUGGGCAGUGAAUUUGAAAGUUGUGUUUUGUUUUUUUUAAAAAAAGAACAAACAAAGCUUUAACCAGAUGGUAUCUGACACCACUUGGAUUAAGUUAUAGCCAAUACUCCGUGAUCAAUUGCAGAAAGGAAGGCAUCUGAAACUCAUGAUUUCAAGCCCAAUGCUUCAAGAACGUUUUUGAGAGUCUGUGUUGACAGAGAAAGGGAAUAUUCUCUGACAGAAGUUACUCAGAUGUCUAGUUAUUUAUCUGAUAGUACAUAUUUAAUGUAAAGGUGUAUAUUUCUAUUUUUUUAUAACAUAACUGUUAACCUUGAGUCCCCAUGGGCUCACCAAAAACUCUAUUUAUUUAUUAUUGAUUGCUCAUGUUUACUUAUUCUAAAAUAUAAUAGUUCACUGGAAAUGAAUAUACCGUACUUAUAUUUAUGUCUAUGUUUCAAUCACUGUAAAAUACUGUACUAAUAAAAUUGCUGCCACAGAUGUGAGUGUUGGAGAAGCUGGAUGCUGGGCAUGGUCCUGACUUGGUUGUGGUGGCAGUUGCUGUUCCCCAUGGAGGCCACACGGGGGCAGCUGGUGCCACGUUCCAUGGGAGUUGGGUCUGUUCAGCAAAGGGGUUUGAGCUAGUCCAUAUUGUACUGUAUCUACAUUUGGAAGAUUCUAGAGCAGAUCAUUAAGCAAACGGUCUGUGAGCACCUAGAAAGGAACGCUGUGAUCACUAAAAGUCAGCAUGGGUUUCUGAAAAAUAAGUCAUGUCAGACUAAUCUGAUUUCAUUCUUUGACAGAAUUACAAACCUGGUAGAUGAAGGGAACGCUGUGGAUGUAGCCUAUCUUGAUUUCAGCAAGGCCUUUGACAAGGUGCCCCAUGAUAUUCUUGUAAAGAAGCUGGUAAAAUGCGGGCUAGACAAUGCUACCAUUCAGUGGAUUUGUAACUGGCUUACUGACCGAACCCAAAGGGUGCUCAUCAAUGGCUCCUCUUCAUCCUGGAGAGAAGUGACUAGUGGGGUGCCACAGGGUUCUGUCUUGGGCCCAGUCUUAUUCAACAUCUUCAUCAAUGUGCUGCAAACAAGAUGAAUUUUAACAGGGAGAAAUGUAAAGUACUUGGGCAAAAAAAAUAAAAAAUGAAAGGCACAAAUACAGGAUGGGUGACACCUGGCUUGAGAUCAGUACAUGUGAAGAGGAUCUAGGAGUCUUGGUAGACCACAAACUUGACAUGAGUCAACAGUGUGAUGCA